AUGGACGGGCGACUCAAGCUCCUGAAGUGCAAUCGUGAUGGAUCCGUGGGAAGACACUGGUCCGAGGAUUGGUCAAUGGUUUUCCGUGUAGGGUGGACGCGUGUCCGGGACACGUGGUGGACGAUGCUCCCUACGAUACUGGAGGAUGAGGAAUUGGGCGCGCAGUAUGACAAGCUUGGGAUGAAGCGAGUCUUCGUACCUCUUAGGUGUGCCAAGUACACCACGAAGAAGCAGAGGACAGAUUAUGAAAAGGUUGGAAGAAAGCGGCCCCAUGCGGGAGCCGAAGGAGAGCCAUGUAGGAUACUGCAGCAAACGGCCCCACUGCAGGGAGCCGAGCGUAAAUACGUGGCCGUAUAG